GACGCAGAAUCAAGGCGCCGCCGCACCUGCCCGGCCCGGGGUGCGUUUGGGGACCAAAGUACUACAUACCCUAAAUGCAAGGAAAGACGGGUCGCCGCCCGGGCCUUCUCCCAUUCCGCUCCAGACGCAGCCACCGCGCCGAUCUCCAACACUGUCUUUUUCAGAUUUGAAACCAACCUGUACACAUGCGGAGUGACUCCACACCAGCCACAAUAUGUCAAGAAAGAAAAAAAGACCUGAUAGAAAUGUUUCGUUCUGGACAGCUGGUAAAAGUCUGUGCCCCGAUGGUUCGAUAUUCAAAGUUAGCUUUUAGAACAUUAGUAAGAAAGUACUCUUGUGACCUGUGUUACACACCAAUGAUAAUUGCUGCUGAUUUUGUCAGAUCUAUAAAAGCCAGAGACAGUGAAUUUACCACAAAUCAAGGUGAUUGCCCAUUGAUUGUUCAGUUUGCUGCUAAUGAUGCAAGACUUUUAUCUGAUGCUGCUCUGAUAGUCUGCCCCUAUGCAAAUGGAAUAGAUAUUAACUGUGGUUGCCCUCAGAGGUGGGCAAUGGCAGACGGUUAUGGAGCUUGCCUGAUCAACAAGCCAGAGCUCGUUCAUGAUAUGGUGAGACAAGUGAAAAAUCGGGUGGAAAGCCCAAGGUUUUCAGUUUCCAUUAAGAUAAGGAUCCAUGAUGACCUGUCAAGAACCAUAGAUCUAUGCCGGAAGGCUGAAGCAACAGGAGUGUCCUGGAUUACAGUCCAUGGAAGGACAGUUGAAGAAAGACACCAGCCAGUCCACUAUGAUGCCAUUAAAAUGAUAAAGGAAAAUGUGUCUAUACCCAUAAUUGCUAAUGGAGACAUAAGAAGCUUAAAAGAAGCAGAAAAUGUGUGGCAGAUGACUGGGACAGAUGGUGUGAUGGUUGCAAGAGGACUUUUAGCAAACCCAGCUAUGUUUGCUGGAUAUGAAGAAACCCCACUGAAAUGUAUCUGGGACUGGGUUGACAUCUCUCUUGAACUUGGAACUCCUUUUAUGUGUUUCCAUCAGCAUCUAAUGUACAUGAUGGAAAAGAUAACGUCAAGGCAGGAGAAGAGAGUAUUUAAUGCUUUGUCAAGCACAUCAGCAGUCCUGGAUUACCUUAUGGACCAUUAUGGUGAUGAGUCACUUUCUAAGUCAUUGUAGUAUGUACUUUUUACCUACAUGGAACCAUAUAAGGUUACGUCCUCGUAUUUCUUUUAAGUCUAUGGCUUUUAACGUCAGUACAACAGCAGUCACUGGAGCCAGACAUCACAGCACAUGUCUUUUAUCCAGCCACUCAGAAAGCUAAAGGAAGAGGUUUGGAAAUUCUAGGCCAGCAAAACUUUAUCUGAAAGAAUAAAUGGAACUUUUCCAUAACUAAAAACUCAAACCUGGGACUGUAGAGAUGGCUCACCACUUAAAGCCUUGGCUGCUCUUCCACAGGACCUGAACUCCAGUUCCAGGGGAUUCAACACGCUUUUCAGGUCUCCUUAGGCACCAGCUAAGCACAUAGUGUACACACAGCUAUGCAGGCAAAGCAUUCAUACAUGUAAAACUAACAAGAAUAACAACAAAAAUCUGCCCCGUACUCCAUCCUCACGGAUUCAGUAGAUUGUGAGCAGACCCAGAAGUUUUAAAGAACUCCGGAGUUUUGAACAUCCAAUAGUCCCAGAUCAAAUAUUGAAAAACUCUGCUUCUAAUCUUUAUGGAUGUGAGGGAUGGAUGGGUAUGGAAGUUUUACUAAAGGUAUUCUGUUUUUAAGUGUUUUAAAUAAAACUUUUCUAAU